AUGGUUAGAGAGAUGCAGGGUUGCUGGCUUGAACCAAGGGCCACAAAUGAAGGAAGGCAGCCGCAACCUUUAGAAGCUGGGAAAGGGAAGGAAAUGGAUUCCCUCCUCCAGUCUCCAGAAAGGAAUGCAGCUCUGCUGACACCUCGAUUUCAUCACGGCCGCCCACCGCCCAGCCUGCCCGGGCGUCCCACCCCCAUCGCCGUUCAGACCCCGGGAGCGCCGGCCGACUGGGCCUGCUCGGGGGGGGCCGGGCAGCCGGUGGGGAGCGGGCGCCGCGGGCCGCCGCGUCCCCACCUGGGCCGGGCCCGCCCCCCCGCGCACCGGCCGGGCGGGCACCUGGCGGGCGCUGCGGCAAGCAGGGGGAGGAGCCCCGGGCGUCGCCGUGCAGCGCUCGGCGUCCGGGAGCCUCAGCCGAACUUUUUCCUGAGAAGUCCCACAUUUAGGGGAAGGAGCACGAAGAGGGGAGGGGAGAGCAGAGUUCCUGGAAGCAGCAGCAGCAGCAGCAGCAGCAGCCCCACAACAUGGCCUCCUCCGCCUCCUCUGCCGCUGGCGCCGAAAGCCCCCCUCCUCCUUCGCAGGGUGACUACGGAUCCUACUAUUCACGAAGUUCUAGAAAGUAUGAAGAUUCAAAGAAGACUGCAGGCUUGAAUACAUAGAGUGUGUUUUCUCAGAUGUUUUCAUUCACAUUGGAAAUAGCAGGACAGUGGAUAUAUUGCCUGGCUGGCCACCACUGGGAG